AUGGCACACACUCGACCCUCUCCCGGCGACAUCUUCGACACCCUCAGCAUCGGGUUCGGACCCGCUUCUGUCGCUCUCGCCAUCGCCCUCGCAGAACUCAACGCUCACCACCCGCGCCCUCAGUCCCAGCCAGUCUACUCCUCCCUCGGCGGACUACAGCACGCGCUCGGCUUCGAUGCCCAACAGGUGGCGGGCGAGCAGCGCAAGAACAGCGGAGUAGAGGGGAGGAAAGUCAAGGCGGCGUUCGUCGAGCGGUACAACGGGUUCAGGUGGCACCCCGGCAUGAUGCUCGAGGGGAGCAAGAUGCAGAUCUCCUUCCUCAAAGACUUGGCGACUCUCCGCAACCCGCAAUCACCUUACACGUUCCUCUCCUACCUCGCCUCGUUCCAGCCUUCCCGCCUCGUCUCCUUCAUCUCCCUCUCGACUUUCACACCCUCCCGUCGCGAAUUCGCAGACUACCUCACUUGGUGCGCGGAGAAAGUCACGGCCGAGAUUCGCGCGCAGGGAGGCGAAGUCAGUUUUGGAGAAGAGGUCGUGGGCGUCGAUGCGUUGAGGCCGGACGAGCACGAUGAGGGAGCGGAUGUCCGCGUCUUGCGAGUCACGUCCCGCGUACUCGAGACGAACGAGUUCGUACACCGAUACACACGGAACCUCGUCGUCUCGGCUGGCGGGUCGCCCAAAGUCCCUCCUCAGCUCGCCGCGCCCGAACUCGUCCAGACCGGACGGGUCCUCCACACCGCUUCGUUCCUCGAGCACAUUGACCGCGUCUUGCCGGAGGUCGUCGAGCACGCCGAGGAGCGACCGAUCCGGUUGGCGGUGAUCGGCGCAGGACAAUCAGCAGCCGAGUGUUUCCUCCACCUCCGGACGAAACUCGCUCCUCUCCUCCCUUCCUUCCUCACACACCGACCGCAAAUCGACAUGCUCAUCCGCUCCUCCGCACUCCGACCCACCGACGAAGGACAGUUCUCGAACGAGGUGUUCGACCCGAGUAUGAGUCAGGCUGUUUACCGGCUCGGGGAGAAGGAGAGGGAGCGAGUGUUGGGCGAGGCCAAGGGGACGAAUUACUCGAUUGUGAAUCCGAGGACGCUGGAGGCGGUGUACGAAACGAUGUACGACCAGAAAGUCGAGGAAGACGUCGCCGUGCGCACCGGCUCGCCCGCCUCUUCCCUCACGCGCGACCCACACCUCAACAUCCGUCCCUACACCGAGAUCCGCGAAGCGCGCCCUACGCCUUCAGGCGCGAUCGAGCUUGUCUUGUUCAACCCGAUUACGAGGGAGGAGAGGAGCGUGACGUAUGACGCGGUUGUGUGCGGGACGGGCUAUGACAGGCAGGCUUGGAGGCGGCUGCUCUUCCCUCCCGAAUCGGCGCUCGAGUCUCUCGAGGGGGAGACGAUUCCCCUCGCGGCGUUGUUCGACACGGACGCCGACGACUCGCCCGCCUCCUCGUCCUCGAUACCCGAGUCGAGUCCGCCCACUACCCCUCCCCCCGCCCUCUCGCUCCCCGACAGCGCCUUCACCGACCUCUCCCGUCCGCUCCCCUCGUCCUCUUCUGCAUCUACGUCGUCCCGCUCUUCAAGCUCCGUCUCUCCCUCGCGCUUCGACUCCCACUCGCGCCGCUCCUCCUCGAAACCCUCUACCGCCCCGACCAGCCCUCCCUGUCCCUCCUCGCCCACCUCCAAGCGCUCCCCCUCCUCGACGCCGUCUUACAAAGUCCUCGAGAACUACCGCCUCUCCUUACCGCGCCAGACGAACGAUGGGAGGGGUUUCAGGCCGACGGUUUGGUUGCAGGGGAGUUGUGAGAAGAGUCAUGGGAUUAGUGACUCGUUGUUGAGUGUACUAGCGGUCAGGAGCGGGGAAGUCGUACAGUCCCUCCUCGCCGAAGGGAACUUUGAGACGGAUCACUAG